AUGAAAACAGGAUGUGUUGCUCUUGUUUUAUGUUUGAAUAUCAGUGUGGACUCACCCGAUGUUAUAAAGAUUUCACCUUGUGCCAGGAUUAUAAGCAGACUACAGAAUGUGCAGAUAUGUUGGGCAUUUUCUAUCUAUUUGGAAGCUGUUGCUAUUCUCCCACAGUUGGUUCUGUUGCAGCGAAGUGGAAAUGUUGACAAUUUGAUCGGUCAAUAUGUUUUCUUUCUUGGGGCAUACCGUGCAUUGAAUAUUCUCAACUGGAUUUGUCGGUAUCUCACACAGCCCCAUUUCAAUGGAUGGAUAUCCUGUUUCUCUAGCUUAAUACAAACAGCUCUUUAUGCUGAUUUCUUCUACUAUUACUUCAUAAGGUUGAUGAUUUGUCAAGAAUGUUCAGACUAUUUUCCAAGAAUACCCCAUGGAUUGGAUCCUGUCUCUUGUAUGUUUAAAAAGCAUGUUGCUGCUGAAGGCACAACCUUGGUCAAACAGGCAGAAGAUGCUGCAAGUAAUAACAGAUUGCAGGUUGAUCCUGGUACAUGGCCAAUAAUGAUCUUUAGGGUCUGCUAGAAGGAUUGGAGAUUGCAGUUAAGAUUCUAUCUAAGACUUCACGCCAAGGACUUGAUGAAUUUAAGCUAGCAAUGUUUUACUUGAUUUGGACAUGAACCCUAAGAUAUCAUAUUUUGGCAUGGCUAGAAGCUUUGGAGGAAACGAGACUCAAGCAAAAGUAAACACACAGAGAGUUGUUGGCACAUAGUAAGCUAGAUAAUGCA